AUGGCUCUUUCGUUCUGGAUCUUUGACAGACACACGGAGUGUCUCUACCACAGAGACUUUGUUGAAAACACAGUCAACACACGAAAUAGCACAGAUGAAGCCAAGCUUUUGCUGGGGAUGAUACACUCGCUACGAAGUAUCUCACAUAAACUAGCACCGCCAAACAAUGACAACUUGUUUGACGACUCUCUCCAGCUUGCAUCCCGCAAUAGGGUUCAUACAGUGGAGACACGCAACUAUACUGCUCAUAUUUUGCAAUCGCUAAAUGGGUUGCUAUUUGUGCUGAUUGUUGCAAAUAAUGAAAAGAAAGACAACCAGCAAGGACAGCGACAGGUGAACACAUCACAAACCUUGGAGACAUUGAAGGCAUUUUACAGGGAUGUGUGGACUGUUUCAAUUCCACAGAAUGGGAUGGCUCGUGUCUCCAAGAACGAAAGUAUAGUGAUCAAUGACACGCGGUUCACAGACAAUGUUGAUAAGCUAUUAAGAGAUUUAUAA